CUCCGCGGACAUCAAAGGCCAUUGAGGAGUUCCGAAGCACGCACAGCAGGCUGUGAUCGACGUCGCCAGUUGAGUCGGCAUUCGGCACGUGUGUGUAGCAAAGCUGCUGUGAUCUCAAGUGACCCGCGAGUCCCGCCCCCGGCUGCCACCCCCAAAAUUUGCAGAAAUGUCUGCGUCCCCCAUCGCGAGACAGGCCACCCAGAGCCAGUCGAUUCCGUCGAGACAUGUCGUGAUCAACGACGCCACCCAACUGCCCAUAGACUACUCGUCCACCCCCGGAGGCACCCUCUACUCGACCACGCCUGGAGGUACCAGGAUUGUGUACGACAGAACGUUUUUGCUGCAAAUGAGGAACUCGCCACUGGCAAAGACCCCACCAAGAAACCUCCCCAGCAUUCCUGGCAUCACAAGAGGUGCACCUGAGCAGGUUCUACCAAAGUCACCCGUGCGCAGUCUUGCCAAGAAAGUAGUCGCCGCUGGUGGUGACGAAGGCCCUGAGCAAUUCCCGCUGGAAAUCUAAGCUGCAUUUUGUUGUUCAGCGAGGAUCCGAGUCUUCAAAUUGUGGCGGCGCAGCUUCAUCAAUUGAUUUUCUCGACUCGGACCCGCCAAUCUUGUAUUUUGUAAGAAAAUGAAGACACAACGGAACGCAUCAAGAAAGCAACCUUUGUAUUUACUCUCUGCUCAACCGAUAUUCCUUUGGACGUGCUAAAAUAUGGCACUUUAAAACUUGUCAGCAGUCAGCACCAACCAACGAUUUUGCAUAUUACUACCCAUCAUACAGAAAUACAUGUUUGUCAUGCUUGUACAUAAAAAAAAUAUAAACGCAGUUGAAAUUUCUGUCACACUGCUUUCCAAAUCAACAUGUUAAGAAUUUUUGCCGGAGCAGAUUAAAUUUAUAUCUUUCAAAACUACAAUUUUUUUGUAAUUCGAAAGUCGCAAAUGAAAAAAGGCUCCGAGACCUGCUGAUUUAUAAUUGUUUUUGUUCCUACUUGUCAGCCAGCAUCACUUGCGGUGCUCCAUUUGAGAAGUGACUCAUUUUUAUUGAACACCACAAAAUUUCAGUUAAGUUUGAAUGUUGCAAAGAAGCAUUAUUUUGGUUUUUCGAUUGAUCCUGUUUUAUUUUACAUUUUGCAAAACAAAAAGAAUUACUAUUUGUACAUGGAUAUUUGAUUGAUUUUGUCUUCCCGUGAGAACGUCUCUAAAUAGCAAUAAAAAGAACGGAGCGUGGAAA